ACAAGUUUCCAAGAAGUCAGUCGUAUAAGGUAGUGAAUCAAUUUGAUAUCUUCCUAUUUUGACCAAAGCGCUUUGAAAAGCUAUGUCUUAGCUCAGUAGAGUAGAUACAGGAGAUAAAAUGACAACCAGAAACUCAAAUCAAACAAUAUUUGUUUGUGAUGGCCCAGGGUCAAAAACAGAACUCGUGGUUCCUGUGGAUGCAAAUGUUGUCGAUGUUUACUGGCUUGUCGAGAAUUACCUCGUAGAAACUAAUCGUCAACAGCCAAGACAAGAUAGAUCUGAGAUUAUGAUUGUCAUUCCCAAGCCUUGUUCCAAACCUCAUUUGUCUACUCUUCCUGAAAAUUCUGAUAUUUCAGAGGGCAAUGGCGUCUCUGGCGAUUUAGCGGGGUCUUUCGGCAUGACGAUAACUCGAGCGGAAAGCUCCGAUGACAGCUUGCUUCAUAACCGAUCCGGCUUGGAUUURGAGCGUUUAGAAUCGACAACGUCGAUCGGAAGCGGAGGAAUAAACCCCGAAGAUGUUCAAAACUUGAAAGRCUUUCCACUCUACUCUUUUAUGUGGCUUUCGUUUCAGUGGGUCGAACCGUUAGGAAUUGGCAAUUACAUGACAAUUCCUCGCUGGUUUUAUAAAGUAAUGCGUUUGGUCGUAUCACUUAGUCUAUGGUGUAUCAUAGCAUUUGAGCUUUUCAAUUUGAUUCAUGGCUUCGAUCAGCUUUCUUCCAGCGUCCAGCUAUUCACUGCUAUCGUCGCCGUCUUUCACCGUUUUUUGUGGACGUUUCGGUAUCUUGUCAUGCACCAUCUUGGCUUGCACUUCUUUAUCAAGCAUCAAAACCACGUUAUUCAUAUCAUGACAAAGUUCAUUCGAAUGCCCACAAACGCCAAGCGUGUGAUUUCUCGACAGAUUGAAUAUCUUGUGGUAACGGGCGGAAUGGUUCUCGUGUUUCUUCCACUCGUUCAAAAGUUAAUUCCGAUCUUUAUCGAGCAAUCACUGCACUUGCCAAGAAACUGGGAUAAGACAGUCGAAUGCGUUGAAUUCUUUGUCUUGAUCUACACUCGUACCGUUGCUAUGCCAAUCUUCUUUUUUCUCAUCAUUACCGCAGAAGUUUUGAUUUCGGAAAUAGAUUCCUGUAAAGUUCAAAUUUCACAAAGUAAAAUGAUUUUCGAUAAACUUGUUAAGAAUUACACUCGUUUGUCCUCAAAAAUCAUGGAAAUAUCCCAGGCAUUUCAACCUUUUCUGGUCGGCCUUCUCUUCCUUUUAAUUUUUUGGGGAAUUCUCAGCGUUUAUUCAAGCGCUGAAGUCUUUCAAAAGCUGCCUCCCAAAACCUCACUUGUAUAUGGUGUAGUUCUUUCGGAAGGUCUAGGAUCCUUCAUAGCAUUUCUCCUUGAGACUGUAUUCCUUUUUACGCUACCGUUCUUCAGGUUAGGCCAAAUAACUUCCCAUUUGCAACAGGUCAUAUCCACAGUCGAUAAUCUAGAUUGCGAAGAACAAAGAAACAAAGGAUAUUUGUUUGACACGGAAGAAAAGAUCAUGCUAUUUAGCCAUCGUCUAGAGACAUGUCAGAAGUACAGGUGUCUUGGUUUUAAGAUUCUGGGAUUCCACAUCACAGAACUAAAGUCGAUAUGGCUUCCACUGCUUGGGCCUAUAAUCGCAUUUGUUGGCAAUCUGCUGUUGAAGGAAGGUGUAUAGGAUCAGAAUAAUAAUGAAACGAGUCUGGCCCAGUUACUCGSCAAUCUGACUGGCUUCAUUCACUUGGCCUUAUUAUUAGCUAUUCUGAGGUUCAGAAAAAAACUGGGUAUGAGUGGAUUUAAAAAUAGACGCCAUCUUGGAAAUAUGUCCAAAAGAGCCCCACAAUGCACUGCAAUGCCAACUCGACCCAGUUUUAUCAGUCCUCAACCUCGGAUUGGCUGACAGAUCGCUAUAUCUGCAAACAAACUUGCUGAGCACAGAAUAAUAAAUAUGAACAUCUAAAUGGACAGACUAAGAGCCUGUUAGUCUUUAGUGUAGUUUAUUCUGCAUAAACUCAUUCUGUACAAUAAUGAUAUACAGCUUGUAUCCAAAAUAAAGUAAAAGUCAAGUUUUAAUUCAA